GGAAUCGGCUGAUCCCGAUCCCGUCGUUCCCAACUCCGCGAUCAGCGACCUUGGUUUCCCUGGGGUGUGGGAUCUAUGUAAUUGGCGGAUUUAAAAAAUGCUUGAAAACCGCGCUUGUCUCGUACCUGGAUUGUCGGACUCACACGUGGAGCUACCUCCCUUCCAUGAGUGUUGCUCGCGCUGAGGCCCGUGCUGGCGUCUUAGACGGCAAGAUAUACGUGUUUGGAGGCUGCGUGGAGGAUCCCUCAAUCUGGGCAGAGGUAUUCGACCCAAAGUUGCAAACUUGGAGUAGAGUUGUUAUCCCGGAGGACCUGAUGAAAGCGACAGAGGUUAGCAAGGUGGUGCAGGGGGAGGAGACUAUUACUGUGUCCUGCAACUUUCCGAGGGACAAGGUUUGUGGAAUGAUUUUAAUUUUUGUGCAACAGAUAGAUUGUUAUACUGUACUUAUGCCGACGGGUCUAUAAUGUGGUGUGACCCUCUGAGCGGGGUAAGGCAAGGGGCCAUGGUUUGGAGGCAUGUGUAUGGUUUAAAUGCUCUGAAACCCUUUUUAUCCAUUUAUUCCGAUCCCGAUUCCAGUUUGAUCUCUUUCCAUGGGGACUUGGCGGAUGUGUGGCAGUGCUAUUUGCUCAAUCAUGGUCACAAAGACGGCCUCCUUGGCUUCAUGCCGGACAACAAACUCCUCACCUCUUCUCGUGGCAACAUUCUCGUCUUCUGGGACGUGCUCGUUGGGGAUGCUGAUCCCAAGACACUGGAGAUUUGGUGUGCUGAGAUUUCGAUGCAGAUGUGGGAAGGCUACAUGUGGGGGAACGUCCUCUGGUCCGAGGCUGUCUUCUCCACUGACCCCCGCUUUGGAUUCCAGAUUCCAGUUCAGGGUGGCCUACCAUUGCGGGAGUCUCUAACCAAGGAGGUAAAAACAAAGUCUGGUCAGGAGCACGAAUUCCGUUUUCUGAGGAUGACCGCAGGUGAUAUUUGUUUAUUCUGUGUGUCUUCAACAUUGAUAGUGUCUCUCUAGUGACAAUUUUAAGUACGCUUGGGUGUCUAAUUUUGUGAACUUUUGAGAAGUCCAGAGUUUUCAAAGUCAUACUGUACUUACAAUCAAGACUCUCACUGGAAAUAUAAGGUUCUUGGUCUCCUCUAUCUGAGACUUUAAUUUAUUAUUUUAAAGAAGGAUUGGGUUUGUUUUUAGGGGGGACUGACCUCAGGUAACUAACUAACUCCGGAGGAUACAGGGAAGGAAAAGUAGAAAUUUCUUCAAGUGGUUUUAGACUUUUAGUUUCGUGAUAUUUUCAGAAGUCUCAGAUUUUAUUGAAUUUAUAACUUGGCAUAGGACCUAUUUGAACUGCUCUGUGUUUUCCCCCAUCCACACAAAUACUGUCUUUUUUUUUAAUGGGUAGCAUUUUUCCCAAUAGGGAGUGAGACCAUAUGUGAUGGGGCAGAUCUUGGUUUUCUAUAUAAUGGCCCUGAGAAAAGUUUUUUUGGUUGUUUUCAAUCGUAUGAGACUGCUUGCCUUAGUGAUUGCGUGAACACCGAUUUCCUCACGGGUCACAGGUGGAUAAGGAUAAGAAGAAGACGAAGGGAUAGAAGAAUCAGUAAGAGACAUAUCGAAUCGAUGAGAUUAAGAAGAAUUAGAGAAGAAGAAAGGAAGAGAUAAAUGUGUCGGUUUUAGUUUUUUUUUUUGGUAAAUAACAUUUAUCUUUUGUACUUUUUUGGUGUCUUAUACUAAGCAUUGUCAUUUUUUCUUUUUUAAAUAACCACCAAUUUGGUUUCUCUAUUAUAAUCUUCAUUUCGUAA